AUGUCCAACACAAACCAACCCCCACCAAAGAAAACAACACCAACCCCCCAAAACCACCUCACCUUCGAUUCCUGGAAUAGCUGCGCCACGGGCCACCAACGGGCCGAUUCCUCAACAGGAACCGCCUGGCGACGAACAAGAGAAGAGAAACUCGCUCGACAGUUCAAUUCCGCAUCGGGAGACUGCACAGAUUCUCUGGGGGGUGUUACAUCCCUUCUCAAAGAAGAGAAAGGGGAAUGGGUAUGGGCUCAUACAAAAAAUCGGGGUGAAUCAAGGGAUCCAGGACAGCGGGAUAUUCGGUCUAUGAUGCGUGUCGGGAAGCGUUCGAGGGAUGUGUCUGAUGCGGGAAAGGAUCAGGAUUCGUCCGAGAGGAAGUUGAAGGUUUCGAAAGUCGCCGGUUUGGGGGUGGAUGCGUCCAUGGGUUCUUUGGAUGAGUUGUUGCUGCCGCCGCCGCCGCCGUCGUCAUUAUCGGCCCAGGUCAAGGAUGUACCGCAGGUUUUUAAGGGCGUUACGGUUUAUAUUAACAGCACUUAUCAUCCUGGUGUCUCGGAUCACUAUUUGAAACGGCUCCUUACCAUGCAUGGGGCUGCGGUUUCCCUGUCGCUUUCGAGGAAGGUCUCCCAUGUUAUUGUUGCGAAGCCUAAUACGGGGCCUGGGAUGGGCUCCGGUGGGGGCCUUGCGGCCUCGAAGUUACAGAAGGAGAUCUCACGGGGUGGGUGGAAGGGGAUCAAAAUUGUUUUCGUUGAAUGGGCCCUGGAGAGUAUCGAGGCUGGGAAGCGGCUGUCUGAGGCUAGGUUUGCGAUGGAGAUCAUGCCAAAGGGGCAAAGGAGUGUUCUGUCUUUUACUGGCAUCUGA